UCCUGUCAAAUAAAGUUUUAAGCGACUUAACCCUAUUUUUGCAUUUGUUUUUUAGCCUUUAUUUUAUUAUUUUUAAGAGAAAAAUGAAUGGACACUUUAUCAAUGGAAGUUUCACUAGAGAGCACGAUAUAGAUUUGAUAGAUAAAACGCUUUUGUUUCAUCAAAAAAUCGAAGGUGACGUCAGCUGUGUGGUUUGGGAUGCUUCGAUAGUUUUAGCGAAAUAUUUGGAGGAAUUGUGCGGGCAAAAUACGGGUUUUCUUAAAAAUAAAAAUGUGCUAGAGUUAGGGGCUGGAUUAGGUUUAGUAGGUCUCACAGCGGCAUGUUUGGGAGCAAAUGUGUUACUAACAGACUUACCGGAGGCCUUACCUUUACUUAAACUGAACAUUGAUUCUAAUAAAAGUGUCCUUUUUAGCUGUAAGGGUGCAGUUAAAUUUAAUUCAUUAAAUUGGGGUGAGAAAUAUGAUAACAAAUUUAAUCCUGAUAUCGUUCUAAUGGCUGAUUGCAUUUAUUAUAAGGAAUCGAUAGGACCAUUAAUAAAAACAUUAACAGAACUGACAACAAAAGACACUACGAUUAUAAUGUCACAAGAAUUAAGAGAUACUGAAAAACAAAAAGAAGUUUGGGAGUUUUUUAAGUCGUCAGUUCAAAUUUUUUUUAAUUUUCAUGUUAUUCCUAUUGAAGAACACAACUCUGAGUAUUGUAGUCGUGAUAUACUUUUAGUUAAGUUAAGAAAACUGUGAUAAUGGCAUUUAAAUAUUUACAAUGUAAGUUGCAUUUAUACACUAUAUUUUAUAUAAAUUUAUACAAAAAAAAUUUGAUAUAAACUUUAUGUACAAAAGAAAUAAAGCAAGUAUGUAGUAUUAUUAUUGCAUU